GAUUCAUCAAAAUAACGAGUUAUCAUUAACAUUGAGACAUUUGAAAUCGCCAAAUACGUAAAAGUUUCUCAAAUUUGAUUCAUCUAAUGAACUUCAAAUAUCAAGUAAUUUAAAAAAUGAUGCAAAUAUCAAUAAUUUUAUGGUCAGACAAGGCCUACCUAAAAGGAGCAAGUCAGCUUGGACCAAAUCCAAAAAUGAAAAAAAAAAACAGAUUUUUUUUUUUUUUUUUUUAUAAAUUAAACACUAUUCCACUUCUGGUGUUGAGGAAUUAUCAAAUAAAAGUACACCAAAUUCUUUUGACUUUUUUUUACUUUUUGUGAUAAUGAAGAAAUACAUGUGGCCAAUUUGAAUGAUAUUUUAUAUUUAAAUUCCCUUUGGAUUUACUCUUCCUCAUGCAAUGUGAUUGGAAGAGUAGGGAAUGAGUAGGUUCACUUAAGAAUGCUACACUUAAACCAAUCUGAAUAAAUUUUUCACUCGAUAUUUAAUACUAAUCUUAAAGUCUUAUUAAAUUUAAAUUCGUAUCGAAAAAUUUCACAUUAAAUAAUAAGACAUUUCCCAAUAAGAUAACUUCAUGUCCACGAUUCGAACUCAAAAUCCUAAUUAUUAUCCACAUACAUAUACUUCUAGGAACCUUUUUAACGUGGCAUACAUACAUCACUCACUUAAAAAGAACAUACAAGUUAUAUGUCACUAUAAAUAAAUUAUUACAUAACGAUAACUAUUUCAUCAUUCUUAAUCAGAAAAAAAUUAUAUUCACGCUUUUGGUAUAAAAUCGGUUUUGAUAAGUAACGCUUUACCCCUACAAAGUGAAACUGUAUAUUGAUCGAAGUCCAAAAUAAAUAUCGAAAAAUAAUACAACCGUGUAUAAAACUAUGUAAACCCCCACCCCUCCACAUACACACAAACACUUCAUGGGGGUGGAGGAUUUGGUUAGUGUGCUUUUGUUUUUAUUUCAUAAAAAUUGGACUAACAUUGGGUUGAGUUGCACAGUUUAACCAACUAUAUUAUAUCCACUUUAUUAAGUUUCUAACCCACUCCAUCAUUUUUAAUAUUUCUAAUUUAAUGCCACAUUGCCACCAACCUACUUUAAUAUUGGGUAUGUCUUACAUUUUCUAUAACUAAAAUCAUACUAACUUCUUAUUUAAGCCAAUUGCUUAACACAUCUCAUUAUUAUUAUUAUAACUCUUCUUUCUAUUUAUAUAAAUCUUUGUGAUUUAUAUGCUAUUAUAAUUCACUAUUGAUUUCAUAUUUCAUAUGCUAAUUGGAAGAAAUAUGAAGGAAAAAUCAGUAGAGAAAUUUUUCAUGUUGCCAUUCUAUUUAGGGUGUAAUUCUGAGUCAAGUGUUGGAGUGACAAACCAACUUGUGGAAACAAAGAAUUCAUCACAAAUAACAAAAAGACAAGAAGGAGAAGAGAGCUCAUCAAAUGUAAAAAUAAAGAGCUUUUGGGGAUUUUGGGCCAUCACAAGACCUAGAUUUUCACAUAAUGUCCAAAGAUUAAAAAGGCAUUUCAAAGGUUUCUCACAAUUAUUUGCGCGUAAAGAAGAGGUAGAGGUCGAGGAAGCGGAGAUAGAAAUAGGAUAUCCAACAGAUGUGAAACAUUUAACCCAUAUAGGAUGGGAUGGAUCAACAACAAUAAAUCCAAUCAAAGGAUGGGAAAAUUUAAAUCCUCCUGAAAUUAUUUCUUUUCCAUCAAUUUCUAUUAAACAAUUUGAACUUGCUAUGGCUGCUCAAGCUGGUGAAUCUAUACAUGUUAAUAAUUGUGCUUGAUUUUUUUUGAUAAAAAAUAAAAAUAUUAUUUGUAAUUUUUCUCUUGUUUCUUGUUCUAUUAAAUUCUAUAAUCAAUUUUUAUAGCUUUUUCUACUUUUGUUGACUAUGCAAAAUUAAGUGAUAUUUGAAUUUAGAUUAAAUUCGAAUUUACAUUAAAAAAAAUCUCAUUCACUAUCGAAAAUGACCCAUGAAGGCUAACAAAAAAUGACUAUAUAGAGUUGUUUUUUUAAAAAUGACUCUAUACCGAGUAACUUCGCUAAUAAAAAUGACUCAUAUGAUGAUUUCCUUAAUACAAAUAACUCUAUAUGGUUUCGUUAAAUGACUCCUCGUUAAUAAAAAUGACUCAAAUGAUUUUCUUAAUACAAAUAACUCUAUAUGGCUUCGUCAAAUGAUUCCUCGUUAAUAAAAAUGACUCUAACCCUGAAUAACUUCGUUAAUAAAAGUGACUCAUAGGAUGAUAUCCUUGUUACAAAUAACUCUAUAUGGUUUCGUUAAGUGACUCAUCGUUUUAUCUUAAUACAAAUAACUCUAUAUGAUUUCGUUAAGUGACUCCUCAUUAAUAAAAAUGACUCUAUAUAGCUUUGUUAAUAAAAAUGACUCCGUAUUGAACACAAAUUUUAUUAAAAAAAGUGACUCAUAUGAUGAUUUCCUCAAUACAAAUAACUCUAUAUGGUUUCGUUCUCUCUCAUUAAUAAAAAUGACUCCAUAUAGCUUCGUUAAUAAAAAUGACUCCGUAAUAAACACAAAAUUCAUUAACAAAAGUGACUCAUGAUGAUUUCCUCAAUACAAAUAACUCUAUAUGGACUCCUCUCUCGUUAAUAAAAAUGACUCCACAUAGCUUCGUUAAUAAAAAUGACUUCAUAUAGCUUCGUUAAUAAAAAUGACUCCGUAUUGAACACAAAAUUCAUUAACAAAAGUGACUCAUAUGAUGAUUUCCUCAAUACAAAUAACUCUAUGGUUUUAUUAAAUGACUCCUCAUUAAUAAAAAUAACUCCAUAUAGCUCCAUUAAUUAAAAAAAACUCUGUAUUGAACACAAUAUUCAUUAAUAAAAGUGACUUCGUAUAACAAUUGUAUAGCAACAACUAAUAAAAGUAACUCCAUAAAAAUCCAAACUUCAAAAGAAAAAAAAAACUUAAAUUUCAAAAUCUUUAAGAUAAUUAAUGCAUAUAAAUGGAGUUCAAUCAAAUUCUUCA